AUACACGCACACACUUCCACACACAUGUUCAUCCGCACACUCGAGCUAAAGGCUCAAUGUCAGAGCAAGACUACAUCAAGUGCUGUUUUCUAUGCUUCCCCCCCCCCCCGCCCCCGCCCCACAUCUGUUCAUCAGACAUUCUGAGAUGGACGGUGACACACUUUUUCUAUUGCCCCAGCAUCCGGAACCACAUGUCUUACUAAGUGCCCAUCCACUAAUUCCCAUGUGGAAGCUGAUGGAUGAUUUGUGUUUUGUUUGUUUUAACACCUGAUAUGGUUCAAAGAUUCAGCAGAGUCUGGGAACUGUUGCCACACCUUCAGAAGCUCAGGGCUUUAGCUAGAUGAACGCUCAGUCCAGAGAACUGAUUUUACGCAGUCCCAGAUACCAUAUGGGAAUCAAACAUGCUGAAACUGGUGUUUGGAGCUGGCAGGAUGGAACUCUUGCUAUGCUUCCUGAUUUUAUGUCCCUACCAUGACCAGUCUGGAACUUCUAUCUCUAUUAGUGGAGUAAAAAGCACAGCUCUUUCACAGAUUUGUAGUUAGGACUGAUUAAAAACUUAGAUGAUGGGCAAAUCUGUGGUUGGCAUACACCAGGAUUACAUGUUUCCACAGAGUCCACAACUGUUCAACGAGAACCUCUAUCCAGGACCGGCCUCACCAAUGUCUCACUUUGAAGGCAAAGUCUCUUCCUCCCCGAAGGCAUCCAAGCACACUGUUCCACGGGUUCCUCCCUUUCUGCCCUCUCCUCUUCUGCCCUCCCCACAGUCAGCAACUCCUUACCGGCUCUUAUCUGGGGACUGUGAGACGCAAAGGAUUUCCUCACAUACAUGAUUAAAGGGACAUGUUACCUGUGAGAGCAAGAGCAAGAAGGGCAGGAGUUAAAGCCAGAGAUGUGAAGGGAAUCUUGCCCCUGAUGGUACUAAUGGUGAUCGUUUUCCUGCUGCUCCUGUUCUGGGAAAACGAGACGACUGAGGAUAUUACGCUGACCUCCAUAGAGCAUUUGCACGUGGACUAUCCUCAGAACUCUGCCCUUCUGAGGUACUGCAACUACAUGAUCCUACAGAGAGUCAUCAGGGAACCUGACCACGCGUGCAAAAAGCUGCAUGUCUUCAUCCAUGAGCGGCCUCAGAAAAUCAACAGCGUUUGCACUUCCUCCAAGCAGAUGACAUGCCCAAACUAUUCUGAGAGCUCCUGCUUCCAGAGUGAGACGAGAUUCAGAAUGACCGUCUGUCAGCUCAUCGACGGUACCAGAUAUCCAGCCUGCAGGUACCAAAUCGCCCCUAUAGAGGGCUUCAUUCUUGUCACUUGUGAUGACUUGGGGCCAGUUAAUUUUCAGGGGUAUAUUGAAUAGCUCGCCAGCAGCACAGGAUGUGCGAACCUCUCUCCGGUUGACCUGAGCUGUGGCUGUGGUGUACCGCUGUGAGCGGAAUGGGGCCGGGGGUGGUGGAUCCUGCCAGUGUGGCUGAGGAGGCACCACUGAUUCUGUGUCAAUAAAGACAUCUUUGCUGAAUGAAA